AUGAAAGCCAAAACUCCAGGACCAGAUGGAUCUUUGGAUGACGCAGAAGUUGUUCUCUGGCCUUUCCAGGCCAGAGACGGAUAUCAAACUAACGAGGACAUUCUCAAUGCCCUCAAGAUAACUCUGAAUCUAUCAGCAAACUUCAACAAAGAGAAGAUUGACAGUGUCUCAAUGUGUGUUCGAAUGUGGGAUGGAAAGUUCCAAGAUGGCAGCCUGCAGUGUCUGUAUCAGGCAGAUGGGAAGUUCAAGGGAGCAAAGGCAUUGAUCAUUGAGCGCCGCACCAAAGAUCACAAUCUUCCUGAUCUGGAUGCACGGAAUCCCAUCACCAACAAGAAGCCUCAUCUCAAAUGUGCGAGCUUCAGCUGCCGUUACAAUGACACUUGGGACUGCUGCCUCAAGAAGAUGCUCUAUCUUGAGCCUGAUUUCCAAGCACAGAAGUCUCAGCUCAAGGAACACUGCGAGGCUCAUGGAUACAAGGUCAUUUUUUUCCCGAAAUAUCACCCCGAGCUCAACUUCAUUGAGCAAUGUUGGGGUUUUGCCAAACAUGUUUACUGGAUGCUUCCCAAGUCCACCAAGGAAGCCGAUGUCAUUCAGAACGUUGCCCAUGCCCUUGAAUCAGUGCCUCUGGAGUCAAUGCGUCAAUUUGCGACACGUUCCUCUUGCUUCACUGAUGUGUACUUCCAUGGAUUGAACGGCGCUGAGGCUGCUUGGGCCAACAAGAAGUACUGCAGACAUCGGACUUUACCAGCGGAGUAUUGGAGGGAUGUAGAGAAUGAGUUUAGAGCAACACAGUAG